CGCAAAAAGAAUAUUGUUCCAUAGUAGGUAUCACGUCAUUAACACACCAUACAAGUCAAAUUAUUAUUAUUAUAGUUGCUUUUACGUUGUAAAUCGAAAUCUAAUCUAUGAAAUAAUGUGGAGCCAAUACAUUGAACUAUGGUUUUGUCAUUUAGUCCCAUCGUGUAUUUUCAUCGAACGUUCAGAACAACAAGAAGAAGAGGCGGGAGAAGAAGUAAAGUCAUGUAGAAAUGCGCUAAACAACAAAAUACUACAAUAAUCACGUAAUGUCCAACAGUCAAGAAUACGUUAUUACAAAACACUAUGGUGAUCCAUUGUAAAUCAAGUUUGAAUACUAUUCUUAUCAUCGUAUUCAAUAUAUUUUUAUCAAGAUGGAAUUAUUUUUCUAUAACAACAUGUGGAGGUCUUCUAUGCUUAUCUUCAUUUCUGUAUAGUACUGAGAGUAAAUAUAAUCAAUAUCAUUAUUACUACUAUUCGUCUUCUAAUUCUUCGACUGCGUUGCCACCGUCGUCAUCCUCCUCCUCUUCAACACAACAACCUGUGGAUAGUUAUUUAAGAGGUCCAGAGAAUCAAUCUGUGUUAUAUAAUACAAAUACUAUUAUGCAUUGUAGAGUUUAUAAUAGAAAUUAUAAUAUAUCGACUAAGCUGAAGGCAUUUUAUGAACACUAUUUAAGUGUACAAUGGAUUAUUGAUGGUUUCGGUGUAAAUAAUGAAAGUUUAAAAGCUGUUCACGGUGAGAGAUAUUCUAUGCCAGGACCAGUUGAACAAGGCAAUUUCGAUUUACACAUUAAAAAUGCUCAACUUGAAGAUGAAGCCAGUUUUAUUUGUCAAGCAAAUAUCAAAAUUUAUUCAAAUUCAGGUUCCCCGCCAUAUUUGGAUACAAUAACUAGUAAACCAGCAUAUUUGACUGUUAUAUAUCCUCCUUCAGAAUUAACCUUGAUGCGUGUAUCCCAUAGCUCUUCAGAUAAACGAGGUCAAAUAUUACACGGUGCAAAUUCUGUAAAUAUGAUGUCAAAUACUCAUUUACCAAAUUAUGCUGGUGAUAGUCAUCAUGAAUAUUCAACUGAAGAUCCUUUAGAUCCCUUAAUUGAUCAAGAUCUUAGUCGUAUUGUAGCUGAUGAUCCUGAAAUUGAAUCAUCUUAUGUAUAUAAUAAAAACUUUGUCCAUCCCGGUAAUCAACCUUCUGAUCUACAGUCAACGCCACAGAUCAACUCCCUGAAGACAAUAGCUACAAGUCAAGUUUCCUCUAUCCAGUCAGAAGAUACAACACCUCAACUUACUCCCAAACUGUGGAUUCCUGAAAAUAAACAGCUAAUUGUUGCUUGUCGAACAUCUCCAUCAAAGCCAGUGACUACAAUCCAAUGGCAUUUAGCCGGUACGCUAUUGUUUAAAAAUCCUGGCUUAAGUGAGUAUUUUAUCGGAGUAGGAAGGCCACAGUUGAAUGACACUGAAUCACAGUAUUUCUCUAAUAAUCAAAAUCAUCCGAUUCAGUAUUCAAUUGAAGAGAAAAUUUUGAAUGUAUCCGACAAAUUGCUGACGAUGCAAAAAGAUGACAAGUUGACGCAUGGCUCUGAAGUGGUUGAAAAUGAUUCACACGAAAAAAAUUUAACCGAUGAAAUACUAAUGCAAAUAACCCAUAGCCAACUUACACUGUUAGUUCAAAGAAGAUUUCAAGGCUGGCAGUUGGAUUGUGGUGUCAGUAACUCAGAGGAUUUUAUGCCGGCGAAACUGCCAACUAUAACAUCAAUUCUUGAACCAAUGUAUAUUGAAAGUGUAAAAAUACAUAUCAUAAAUCAUUCAGAGUAUGAAAAUUUUCAUGAAGGUCAAUCUGUCAAUUUUGAAUGUUUAACUAAGACGAACCCGAAAUCACCACUUUAUAGCUGGACAAUUGGAAAUUCAAUCCCUUCAAUGGAAUAUGAACCUUUAAAUGUUAUUCUGGAUACACGAAUAGAGUCAAAAGGCGAUGCAGAUAAUAAACAUGAACACAGUUUAAUCGCUUUACAAAGUGAUGCUAGUAUUCUUCAACUGACUGUCAAUAGAGCAAUGCAUCAAAAAAGGCUACGAUGUUGGGUGGGUAUUGAAACACCUGAUUUAAUGCAUCAUAUUACAAAUGUCUCAUUACAAGGAUUCUUAUCAAAUAAAGCUUUGACUUGUGUAUCAGAUUGUAGAAAAUUGAAAAAUACCCUGAGAAAACGAUUAAAAAAUAUGAUAUGGGCUAAAGGAGAAUAUCGGUUGGAAGUCACGUAUGGUCCAGCGUUUUUAACUCCAAUGAAUGAUCUACUUUCCGGUGAAUUAGGCCAAAUGCUAAAUUUAGAAUGUACAGCAGAUUCAAAUCCUGAAUCUGAUGUCUCCUUAUAUCAUAUUGGACCUGAAGGACAAAUACUUCUGGAGGAUUUAACCAAGCUUGAAUUAGUCCAGUAUCAACGGCAUAGUCAUAUGGCGGCGACAUUACGUGGACAAGAAAACCGAUUAGAAUCUCAACAUGUAUUUUGGAAUAGUGAAGCUGAAGUCACAGAAUUCAAUACAACUAUUCUCAAAUCUGUGAUUUAUUCAAGUGGAAGAAAGCUGUUAGCUUCUAAAGUAAAGCAUGUUUCAUACAAACUUCACUUGUCAACCCACUUACAUUUUGGUUUCUACGCAUGUGUUGCUCAAAGUCGUGGUUAUCCGCCUAUUUAUCGUGCCAUCUAUGUUGGGCAAGCAGCAUCACCAAAAAUUGUGAAAACUGAUCAAAUCAUUGGCUAUGAUGAGAAUUCAGCGAAAUUAUUCUGUUUAGUGUACAGUAUUCCUAGACCGACAGUUCAUCAGAUAAUGUGGUCGAAAAAUGGAGUUGUGCUGAAACCAGAUAAAAGGCUUCUUAUUUAUCAGGAGAAAACACAUCGUGGAGUUAAAAGUGUACUGGUCUUUCGAAAAUUACGUUCCACUGAUUUUUCUACCUAUAAUUGUACAGUAUUCAACGAUUAUGGAUCAGAUUGGAGGCUGAUAUCAUUAACUGAUGACAGCAAAUGGUCGUUAACAUUUGCUAUCGGAAGUGGACUUGCUGCACUGCUGGCUACAGUAUUUGUCACUGUGAUAUGCUGUUUUAUUAAAUAUGCUCGAAUGAGACGUAUAAAUUCAAAGAAUCGUUUAAAAUUCUUUGAAGGUUCAACAGUUCAGAAAAACAAUGGAAGCGAAGAUGUUCAUAAUGAUAUGGAAUUGCAAACUAUGCUGGGUUCUAAAUCCCCACAGUCAGCUGUACUGGGAUCAAAUUACAACGAAAAUAUAAAUAUGAAUACUAGUAAAAAUGAAUAUUAUCCAAUUCACAGUCAGUAUAAAUCUGAUAUUGGGACGUUAACUAAUGACAGUGGAAUUCUAAAAUAUACAAGUUAUGAUUUAAAUCAAACCCAUCGAAGUGAUACAAAUACAGAUUUCAUAAAAGAGAAUUACACGAAUUAUCCUUCCGAUGCAAAUUCAGGAAGCUCGCCCUUGCCUUUCUCUCAUUUAUACUUAUCACCGGUUAAACCACCUUUACCCUCUUCAUUGAACAGCACAACCGGUAGCUACCAUCAUCAUGAUCCGUAUUGUGAACUACAACAACAAGUGAAUGCCCAAAUGAAUUCAAUUGUAAACACUCUUUCCCCCUUAAAUACACCUGAUUACCCUAUGAAUAUUAUAUCUAGUUUAAAACAUUCUGAUAUUACACCAUUAGUGCAUACAAAUUCAUUAGCUCGAGGUUCAACCCAUAUGGAGAACUCUGCGUGCUCCCAACAGACAACAUUCUCCAAUGAGACAUCAUCAUCAUCCCCUUUAGGUCCUAUUUUUCUAAUGACUUCAGAUAUCAAUUAUCCGCCUGGUAUGCAUUAUAGUACUGCAAAUUCUACAACGACAACUGUUUUAUUACCGCCCGUAGUGUUUGAAGCUACGAAUGAUCAGAGUGUACUUUGUAAUCCAUACAAUUCGCUGUGUUCUAAUACCUCAGUUGUGUUGAAUACAAAUAAUAAUAAUAAUGAUAUCAGUGUUGCAUCUGAUAUCUCCUUCCUCCCAUUCAGUGUGAACAACGUGAAUCAACAACAGACAUAGUGUGUAUAAGCUGAUUUUGGGGUGUUUAAUAGUUUUUUUUCACAGUUUUUGUCAAAUGUUUGAAAAAACACUAAGAAUUAAACUGUGUGUGUAUAUGAUAUGCAUUUGUUAUAGGUGUUUGUAUAGUGUGAUACUAACUGACAGACUAUUUUUAUUUUCAUGUGCAUACCAUGUUUUUACAGCUGGAAAAUUGUUGAAG